CAUUCAUGAUCACGCACCACCCCGUCUUACCCCUCCGUUGCGUCCCCGGACGAGCCGUCGAGGUCGUCGUCCUGCGCUUCGUUUGUCUCCGACGACUUGAAACAUUAAAUAAUGUCGAACUGGUCGGAGCCAACCAGUUUGGCGACGGGCUGGCGCUGCUGCGAUCGUGGACAAAAUCGUCCGACCCCCGAAUUGCGGCGGAACCUCCAGAUUUGCCGCAGCGACGGCAGCAGCAUUGGUGACAGUCCUGCCAAAGUGCACCUCGAAGGCUGGAGUUCAGUUCGCUCGUUGAGGGAGGGAUCGAGGAUCGAGCUGCUGCCUGCAUCGGCUCUUGGAGUGUACGGAUCCAGAGGGGAGGGAGAGAGGAGGGGGUUGGCCGAGACAGAUCGGAAGUCGUCCCUUUAGUGGACAGCGUUCUCGAGGAAACAUCUUCAACAGAUUCCCACUUUCUUCUUCGUCUCGAGCUUUUGCUUCUUCUUCUUCCCUUGCUCUCUCGGCCAGGCCAGGCCGGGCCGCCCGCGUGCCUGCGUGCCCCGCUCGUGGCUUCGGAAUCCGUUCGUCUUGUUCUUGGAAGAUGAAGAAAGUUCAGCUUUCUGGCACGAGGAAUUAAGUGGCCCGGUGCUGCGGCUCGAGCUGGGAGAGAGAGAGAGAGAGAGAUCAUCGUCGAAUUCUACAAUGCAUUUUGUCGAACUUCUGUCGCACGGACGAACCAUUUUGAUUCCUCUCUUUUCCGGAGGAGUUGGCAGUGGAUCGAUGUCCAGAGGCUUGCAAAUCUCGCUGUCGAUCAACCAAGGUCGUUCGCAGAGGUUUCUUGCUCUGCAGAGAGUGUUACACAGCUGACAUUGCUGCAUUACCUGGCUUCUCGAAGCCUGCCCGAGUGCUGGAAUCAACCCUGUUUCAAGGGACCUAUUAUAAGAAGAUCUGUACUGUAUUCUAAUUGUACGUGCCGAUCUUGGAGUUUUCAUUCCUCCCCGAACCUUUCUCUAUGCAUUUCGUCCAGUUCAUGAGCUCUAGACUUUCCAGAGAGAGGGCAGGUUUGGGUUUUUUUUAACAGUCUCAGAGCAAACCAGUCACCACAUUCUGCAGACUCUGAAGAUCCAUAUGUUGUUCGAAGGUUCUGAAUUCUACUCUGGCCGCAUCUGGUAUUCUCUGAAUUUGGUGUGGGACGGCCUUCCUUGAUUUUUGGACGCCCUUCGUGCACCUGGUUGUUGUAAACGGCCUGUAUAGGAAGUAGCUUCGACCAGAGGAGAAAAGAGAUCGUGGACAAGGAGGGAAAGCUGUCAUAGUUCCACAUCAUGAAGAUACUAGUCCGCACAAAACAUAUCAGAGUUUUGAAGUGGAGUCAACUUUUGAAAUGGACUCGGAAAGGGAAGUGCAAGACGCUUAUCCCCAAAUUGGAGAGCAGGAGAAGAAGAGCUGAGAAAAAUGACAUGAACGAGAUGGAUUUAUGGCGAGACAAUCUCGGAGAUCAUCUUGACCAAUUGCCCUUGGACUUGACAGAAAAAAUUAUUUCCCAGGUGCCAUUUUCUGAGAUCUUCAGAUACCGUGCACCCUGGGAACGGUGGUCUGAAAAGUUUGUGAAAUCUCUUCUCUCUCCUUUUUUCAGCAGGAAUCGUGCAACGUGCUGGCCGACCUUUAGUCCUGCGUUUGUUUUGGACAAGCAGAAAUUGGUAGCAUUCAAUCGACUGGAUAGUUGUUGGGAAUAUUUUCACUUCGAAGCGAUGCCUUCGAUAUCGUCACCAAAAUUCUGUUCAGAGCCUAUGUUCGGAGGAGCGCUGGUUUGCGUGAUAGAGUAUACAGAGGCGUUUCCUGUUGCCUUUGUGAUUAACGUGCUGACUGGAAAACGGAGGCAGAUCGUGUGUCCUCCAGCAGUCGGAGACAGCCACUUUUUCUCUCCUCUCAUCGUUCCCGUAGAGGCAGAGGAGACAUACUUGCUCAUUUUCUAUGGCAUCAAGGCUGAGAAUACAAAGACUUCUCUGUUUGAAGUGUAUUUGUACGACUCGGGAUCCAGGGGUUGGUCGUAUCAAGCCGUCGAAGCCUGUGAAAUGUCGAGUAUCUCUCGGUGUGUCUACCUAGAUGGGGUCCUGUAUGGCAUGUGGCCUUGCACUCGGUCCUCAACUUUCACGUAUCUGUUCCAGUUCGAUCUCGAGAGUGGACUUCUCAGCGAGACUCAUGCGAUGGAGUUUGAGAAGGGCAGGUUCGUGAAAAGUGGCGUGCUUGUCUGUGGCUCCAGAGUCAUGGUUGUAGUGAUCGAGUCAGAUCCUGUCACUUUAGUCUGCGAUGGAGCUCGAGUCUUCGAGGUCGACCCAGAAAAAGGCUUGAUAGAAGGGGACAGAAGUCCAGCCUGCGAGCUGGUAGGCAGUGUGAAAAGCAAGCAGGGCGGUGGAACAAUGCUCACUUCCGAUGACAAUUGUAUAUACAUUUGUGAUCACGACACCUUCAUCUUAUAUUACGUCCAGUCCGGCGUUUGGGUCAGUCAUCACUACCCUUGUCUCACCGACCCUCUCCCGGCAGAGUACAAUGAAUUGUGCCUGAGGGGUCAACAGCCUGUCACCUUCAACCCUGGCCUGAACCCGUCUGCCAGACCUUAGGAAGACGAGUUGGGGAUGGAUGGCAGGUAACACAUUUACACUCAACCUUAACUCGGUAAACGGAUGAAAUUACCAUCGGCAUCGGACCUACACAUCUAUGCCAACUCUUAUACGUAAGCCUCAUAGCAACGGCUUAUAUGUUAUGUUUAAUGUAUUAUCAAGUAUCUCAGUCUCGUAGGACAAUUAGACCAGUUAACAAAUAUUUACCAAAUAUUGAGUCACAUUGUAACACUUUUAGGAGUCCACACCACAGAACUGGUGUGGACAUUGCUAAUGUAUAGCCUGAAGUAAUUAAUGUUUUAAAAAUGUCAAAUCCAG